CCACUAUAAUGUAGUAUUUUACUACGAUCGUGUGAUUUAAGACGUCCACUCAACACAUAUUCACAUAUAUUCGCCAGAGAGCAGUGAGUGUCCUAUGUAUAUAGUAUCUCUCGCGCGAUUUGUGUGCAGAAAUUUUUUUUAUUGUUAAAUAAAUUAUAAAUGGCUGCCAGACACUAGUCUAGACUCGAAAUGCACGAAAAAUUCAAUCGACGAUGGUAAAAUAGAGUGUGCUUUGAUUUUGUGAUUAAAUGAAGAAAGAAAAAUGGCCAGCCGACAACGACGCAGACAUCAUGUGAAGAAAUUUACGUGAACGUCCAAAUCAAAUGAAGUGAAGAAUCGAAUUGUGAAUAAGGUGUGCAAUAAUCUGUGUUCGAAUCAAUAACAAAAACAAAGCAGAUAGAGAAACAACGACGCAAAAAAAAGAGACUCACGUCUAAAGUGACAACAAAACAAUAUUCGCCUCCUCGAAUUUAUUGUGUCGAAAGAGGGAAAGGGUGAAAAAAAAAACACAUAAAUCAUUGAUUAUUCAUUGUGGGCAGUUUCGCGGGGCGAUAUACUCUCUCUCACUCAUCAUAUAACAAACACGUAAAAUAUACAUAGAAACGCGCGCGCUUUGGGCUCUGUAUGGUGUGUCGCUUUCGUUUUUUUCGCUUCACUCUGCCUUCUGCUUCUUCUUCAUCGAUAUCAUCAUCAUCGUCACCGUCAUCGCUACUAUCAUCGUCAAAAGCGGCACCAGCAACAGAAACACCAGCAGUUGUAUCAUUUUUGCACGUUCAAUCGACGUGUGUGUGCACUCACAAUUAUGAUAACCACUGAUUCAUGCAAUUCGCUUGGUGCACAUUCGGCGCGUCAUCGUUAUCAUCGAGAAUUCGUCUCCAAUUUUUCUGUACUGUUACGUGCAUAAAACCGCAUAAGUAUCGUUAAGCCAUCCACGAAUGGACAAACGAACGAGAUAUGUGGUACGAAAACGAGUGUGUCUAUAUUGGAUAUUAUGUGUUAGACACACAAAUGCAAGAAGCGGAAGUUUAAUGUAAAGGAAAAGUUGAGCAAAGCAAAACCAUAGAAAUAAACGCGAAGGGAAUACGAAUCAACAGCAACAACAACAACAAAUAAACAAAAAGCCAGAGAGUGAAGUGCAAAAACCAGAAGAUAAUAAUAAUAACGGCCCAACAAAAACCGAAGAAACAAAAGUAAGCAUCGAACAAGAGCGAAAUUAUUUAAAAACUUGACCAUUUCGAGAAAUGGCAAAAUUGAAUAGCCAUGAACAGUUAUUGUCCAGUGAAUAUGGUUCGACAGCGAUAAACACGAAUGCAUCAGCAGCAACCGUAGCCUCAGCAUCCAUGUUGGGAGUGGGAUGUGUUAGCAGUAGUAAUUCAAUAAGCACAACAUUUCCGUCGAAUCAUCAUUUGUUGGUGAGACAUGCUGCCAUUGAAAUCACACCGCCGGCCAUAUCGCAUUCACAGCAUCAGCUCAACAGCGGAAACAGUUUUGAAUUGAACGGUGUGACAACGUCAUCAUUGUCUGAAGAUUCUGGUCUGCCGCUCACCACAAACAGUUCCAUCUCAAGCGGUGAUUCCACCCGUAUGGGCCUAUGUAAAUUUGAAUUCGAGUUGGCUACCGAAAGUGAUGCGGAAGUAUCACAAUUCGAUUCAUUGGAAAAUUGUUCGGACGGAGGUAUGAGCGCUGAAAAUUUUAAUACACUAAAAAAAGUUCCAUUGGCACCGAUUGAUCCACCGCCGGAAUUUCAGGAUUCACCGCAAACAACACUGUUGCGAUCAACCGCAUUGCAAAGUUUUUCAACAAAAUUGGCGAAAAAUAUCGUUUCAACAGCAAUCACCGUCGGUCCAAAUGCAAAUUCAAAUUACGACGAGGUGCCAAUGAAUGCAUUGAUCAAAACAAAAUCAUUGGAAAUUUUACCGACCACCGAAAUCGAGCGUGAACCAUCGUACGCAUACGAUCGAUUGCCGCGCAAACGAAACGAUUACGUUGUCGAUGAUGAUGAAAAUCAAAUGUAUCAAUGCGAAUACCAUUUGUAUCAUCGUACAACCGACGAUUUUUACCAUACUUAUGAUAUUUAUGCUAGUGAUUCAGUACUUAACACGCAUAUCGACAAUAUUUAUGAUGUCCCAUGUGAUGAAUAUGCGCCAGCGAAUGUGAGCUGUGAUUCGAUUUUGGAGCGAAGCGAACAUUUUUCCCUAUUCGAUGAUACUCAAACCAAAGUUUGUGAUGUGUCAAACAUUAAAGCGCCAACCAAUUGCGUAAAUCGUUUGCAUCACAUGGAAUUGGCCAAUGAAAUCCAUGAUUAUGAUUUAUAUUAUCAACGGAAAGUAAAAUGUAGCAAAAAUUAUGAUAAAAAUAAAAUGAUCGUAACGGAACCAUAUUCAUCGGGCGCAUCGACAUUAGCAUCGAAUACAAUUAAUUCAAUGGCAUCCGCAAACAAUUCAUUGCGACCAUCCGAAUCAAGUGUGGCCACCAAUCAUACGGAUUCACAGCAUCAAUCGAAAUCGUCGACACUGUCGUCGGUGUCAAAGACGAAAACAACAUCGUCGUCAUCAACAACAACCACAUCGGCGUCGAUAACAACAUUUCAACAUCGCAAAACACCAUCAAUAUUGUACAGUCCAUUACAUUAUCAUGCUAAUAGUAAUUUGUCAACGGGCCAACGGCCCAAUUCACGUAAUUCAUUGAACAGUCGAUUGUCCAGUUCGCACAAUUCAUUAACAAUAUCAUCAUCAAAUAAAGCGGACGAUUCGAUAUUCAUAACACAAGCCAUGUCGCAUGACGCAUUAACAAGUCGUGAAAUAUCCGAUUUUUAUAACGUUCCCAUUGAUUCAGACAUUUAUGCAUUGCCAAUUGAUGUGAUUCGGCCUAUUUUUAGCUCAACAAACACAAGUCGAACGUGCACAAGUGGCCGAAUUCAACCGGCCACCACCGGUGGCUGUGGCAGUGGCAACAACACAAAUGGUGCUUGCAAAACGGGCAAAAAUCCAUUGAGCGAUAAAUCGACAUUAAAAUCGGUCGCUUCAAUGCAAAACGCAAUCAGUAGUGAUAUUCAAUUGCCAGCGUCGUCGCGUACAUCGAUGCUAUUAAAAAGUGGCACAAAACAUUUUCGCGGUCGUUUAAAGUAUGUACGAAACAAUAAGCGACGAAAACGUCAACAGAGUUUGGAUGGGGCAAAUGGCGCUGGCGCUGGCAACAGUGUGAUUCCAUCGAAAUCAUGCCGAUCGAAUAAUAGCGGCAAUGGAACAGUCACCGCAACUGAUAAACGACACAGUGUACCAGAAAAUGUAAUUGCCGAACCGAUUCCGAAGCACGUGAUGCUCGACGAAGUGAAACAACAAAUGAUGUACACCAGUUUGUGUUCAAGUUCUAGUGAAUCGGCGCUCGAAUUAAAGGCAAUCACAAAAAAUAUGUCAAACAAUUUUAAUAGCAAUUGCAAUCACAGCAGUGGGCGGAUUAACAAACUCGCACUAUUCGGCACAUUUUCAUCCAACAAACAUUCAACAAAUAACAACAAUAAUAACAAUUCGACCAGUUUUAACCAUAAUAAUGCAAACAAUUCAAUUGUGAUUUUAAAAAGUGAUCGAAAUUUCAAUUUAACACACAUCAAUAACAAUAAUCUGAACAACAAUAACACGAUCAACAACUCCAUUGCAAAUAGUCAUACGAAAUUAUUGUCGGUCGCAACAUCCACAUCAAGUACACCAAAUCACAAUGCAAAUACAGCCAAUUCGAAAUUGCCAAAUGCACGAAACACCAGCAGUAGCAGCAACACCAACAUUACAGCUGCCACCGGUACAGCAAAAAAUGCCGCGUGCAACAUUAAAAAAAUCAAUUCAUCGCCAAGUAUUGCCAAAGAAAGUAACAACGAUGGUCUGACCACAAAUGCCACAAACACAGCGCAAACAACGUCAACGAAAAAAUCACAAUUUUCAAUCAGUUUGAAUUUAAAGCAAAAAUUUUGCAGCAUUUUUCGCUUUCGAAAAUCCUAUUCAACGCAUCAUUCAUCCAACAACGGGUCGAAUCAUCGUGAUAUGACUGAUUAUGAAGUGGCCACCGGUGUUGGUGGCAAUGAUAAAAAAGCCAAAUUCUCGACACGUGCAUUACCACCAUUGCCGCCAAAAUUUAAAGGUACCACACGUACAGAGUCACCUGCAACAAAUGAAUCCAGCUCAGCUGCAGAAGAAAAUGUAGACGAUCGUGAUGGAAAGAAAAAUGAUGUGCAAACCACCAUGGAUUUUGCAGCCAACAUUGAAAAAGUCAAAGAGUAUGGCUGGUACUGGGGACCGAUUUCAAGUGAAGCAGCCGAAAAAAUCUUGUCAAACGAACCAGAUGGUAGUUUCAUCGUGCGCGACAGCUCCGAUGAUCAUUACAUUUUCUCGCUAACAUUUAAACUCAACAACUGUGUACGCCAUGUUCGAAUAGAACAAGAUCAGGGUACAUUUUCAUUUGGAUCAUGUGCAAAAUUUAAGUCGCGAACUAUCAUGGAAUUCAUCGAAAACGCGGUGGAAAGUUCACGCAGUGGACGAUAUUUGUUCUUCUUUCACCGACGACCGGAACAUGGCCCGAUGAGAGUUCAACUCACCAAUCCCGUGUCACGAUUCAAACAUAUUCAGAGUUUGCAGCACAUGUGUCGAUUCGUGAUUCGACGGGCAGUCGUGCGAAAGGAUUUGAUUCAAACACUCCCAUUGCCACGACGACUUCUCGAUUAUUUGAGCUACAAGAAUUGCUACUCGGAGCAGGUCGAAAGCGAUAGUUCUCAAUCACCAACGCCCGAGAACAAUGAAGAAAACCACAGCGAUGAAGCUGAAGAGCAUGUGAUUCUAAGAUAAAAUGUUUGCCAAUGAACGCGAACGGCAACAUCGAUAUGUUCAACGCAAGAAAUACACACACCGUAAAAAAUUACUCAAUUAGCCCAUUAGCUAUCACGAUAAAGUGACAACAAAAAAAAAAA